GUCUGCUGAAGACCUUGCUAGAGUACCAGCUAAUUCCACAAGCAAUAUCUUGAAUAGACUAUUAGUCAGUUAUGAUCCCAGGAUCAGACCAAAUUUCAAAGGUAUUCCAGUUGAUGUGGUGGUCAAUAUUUUUAUUAACAGCUUUGGCUCCAUACAAGAGACAACAAUGGACUAUAGGGUUAACAUCUUUCUGAGGCAGAAAUGGAAUGAUCCUCGGCUGAAGCUUCCUAAUGAUUUUAGGGGCUCAGAUGCACUGACAGUGGAUCCCACCAUGUUCAAGUGUCUGUGGAAACCUGACCUAUUUUUUGCCAAUGAAAAGAGUGCUAAUUUUCAUGAUGUUACACAGGAAAAUAUCCUCCUCUUUAUUUUUCGAGAUGGAGAUGUCUUAGUUAGCAUGAGAUUAUCUAUUACUCUCUCCUGCCCUUUGGACUUGACUUUAUUUCCUAUGGAUACACAACGUUGCAAGAUGCAAUUGGAAAGCUUUGGUUAUACAACGGAUGAUUUGCGAUUUAUCUGGCAGUCAGGGGAUCCUGUCCAGUUAGAGAAAAUAGCUUUGCCACAGUUUGAUAUUAAAAAGGAAGAUAUUGAGUAUGGUAACUGUACCAAAUACUAUAAAGGCACUGGCUAUUACACGUGUGUAGAAGUGAUCUUUACACUGAGAAGACAAGUGGGAUUUUACAUGAUGGGUGUGUAUGCUCCAACUCUGCUAAUUGUGGUCCUGUCCUGGCUAUCAUUUUGGAUCAAUCCUGAUGCAAGUGCUGCAAGAGUGCCAUUGGGUAUCUUCUCAGUCCUCAGCUUGGCAUCUGAGUGUACCACACUUGCUGCUGAACUUCCCAAAGUAUCCUAUGUGAAGGCUCUUGAUGUCUGGCUAAUUGCUUGCCUUCUCUUUGGGUUUGCAUCACUGGUAGAGUAUGCUGUGGUUCAGGUGAUGUUAAACAAUCCCAAACGAAUUGAAGCAGAGAAAGCCAGGAUUGCCAAGGCAGAGCAAGCAGAAGGGAAAGGUGGAAAUGCAGCUAAGAAGAACACAGUCAAUGGUACAGGGACUCCUGUUCACAUCAGCACUUUACAGGUUGGUGAGACCAGAUGCAAAAAAGUCUGUACUUCCAAAUCUGACCUGAGAUCAAAUGACUUCAGCAUUGUUGGUAGCUUACCUAGAGAUUUCGAGUUGUCCAACUAUGACUGUUAUGGAAAACCCAUUGAAGUCAACAAUGGGCUGGGGAAAUCUCAGGCAAAGAAUAACAAGAAGCCUCCACCUGCCAAACCAGUUAUUCCAACGGCAGCAAAGAGAAUUGAUCUUUAUGCGAGGGCAUUGUUUCCUUUCUGUUUCUUGUUCUUCAAUGUUAUAUAUUGGUCGAUAUAUUUAUGAUGUAUUUUUUGUCCAUUUGUCCAUAAAAUAUAAAACCAUUCAUCAUUCCUCUUCUCCAUCACAAAGGCCAGUCUGUGAAAUCAUUUGCAUUUUUGAAGCAAUAUAUUGCAUUUUGAUGCCGUGCGAUUGUAAUGAAAAUACGGCAUCUUAAUUUUGAAUGAAAGCAUGACACUGUAAUGUCUGUGCUCUGACCAGUUAAUGUGUAUAUAUGUACAGCAUACAUCCUACUCUAGGAAUAUAUGAAAAAUAACUCAUACUACAUCAUUGAUCAAAUUCAAAUAACUCUCUUAUUGUUUCUAUAAACAUGCAAAUAUUUCAGGCGACCUGAAUAAUGAGAAACUGAUGUGCACGCUCUCUGAUUAAUGUCAGUAUUCUAGUAUAUGUAGUAUUUCAAUGCUCCUUCCUUGUAACUUUCAGAUAAAGCCAUUUUGUUCUUAUAUAAUUUUCUGUGGUACUAUUGAAGAACAAGAUAAAUUGUAAUUCAGUUCAUUUAACUUCGUAAGUUAAAAAAAAAUCAGUUAUUCCAAUCUGCAUUCUCUAAAAAAAAAAAUAAAGGCCAGGGAAUUGCUAAUUUUGUAAGAAAUCUUAUUUAAAAGGUGCCAUAACAUAAAGGGAAGCUUGGAAGAAUGUAGGAGUGUGUAAAAAUGUACCAUGCCCUGUUUUUUGGCGAAAUGAGAAAGAGCAAAUUAGGAAAGGGAAAAUGACAAAAUCCUUAAGGUAGUAAAAUCUCAUUGAAGUGAUUUUUUAAAUUGGAUAGCACAUAGCUGUUGAACAGGAUUGAAAUUGAAGUGAUACUGAGGGCACAAUACCAUAGUGCCUUCAAGAAGAAAUAGUAAUGCUUUUUUUGAUUAUAGAGGCAAUGUAUGAGUGAUUCUUCAAAGAAGCAAAAAUGUCCCAUAGCUAGAACUACUUUGGUACGUAAAAAGGUCUGUAAUUACUAAAGGAUCUUAGAUUGUUAGUUUUUUAAAAUAGUUUUUAACAGUUAUGCACAUGACUUAUAUGUAAUUGUGCAGGCAUCUGUUUAAUCACAUUUAUAAACUUUGAAUGAUUUUUUUUUGCUUCCACAUUUGUCCUUUGUGAUUUUUAAGACAUUUAAUCACUAUGAUACCAUUAGCAUUUCCCUAAUCAGUUUACCUAAAGGCUAAAAAGAAUAUUAGAACUUUGGUGCUUUUUUAAAGGAAUUCUAUUUUUUCUCCUUACCCUGCUCUCCAGUUAACACAUACCAACUUUAACCCUUCCAAUCUAAAAAGUGAUUUCAAAUUUGAUAAUGUGUUGCUUCUUAUUUGGUAUUGCUUCCAAAGGUUUUUAUAUUUUGUCUUAGAUUUCUAGUGUUGAAAGUCAAAGAUGUCAGUAAUUCAUAUUGGAUAAAUGUUAACUAAUAUCCCCAUAAAGACUAAACUAAACUCUAUAUUAAUUUACGUGGUUCCUGUGCAGGUAUCAGUUUAAGUGAAUGCUGUCACUGUGUAUUUCUUCUGAUUGCUAUAUUUCUCUCAUUGGUAUCAAUUCCAUUAAAUUUUAAAAAAGGCAUUAAAAUUCAGAAGUCAUUAAAAUUUUCUGAACUAUAUAGACACUAAGCACUAAGCUUAUCAACACCCUUUAGCUGCAAAAAUAUUUCUAUGUUGGAACAAUUUACUAUGCUGUGGCUAUAUGUGAAUGGCGAAGUCAACAAAGAACUAGAUAAAAUCAGGUCAUUUAAAUAGCAAAAGAAAAUGAAAGCAAUAUGUUAAUAGACAAACAAUUGGUUAAAGAGGAAAUAAACACAAAAUGGCAACAUUUCCAGUAAUCACAAAGCCCUAGUGAAUACAACUACAUCAAUUUGAUGGAUUGUGUUCAAAAUUGUCUCUAUUUUCCUUUUAACAUCAUUUUAUAUUUUCAGAAUUUAAUUGUGCAUUCAUAGUGCUGUUAAAUUCCAUUUAUAUUGAAUGUUUUUGAUCAUGUCAAGUGUAAGAAAUUCGGCCUUAAAAUGGAAAAUGUACUAUAAGACAGGUUUUUUUUUUCUCAAUCCAUGGUACCUCUUAUCUGUAGUAAUCUGUGUAAAUUAUUUUCUUUUAUUCUGUGUAACAAUAUUAUUGUGAAAUAUUUUGCAAAAUAAAAAAAUCCUAAUAAUCAUAAUAUAGUAAAGUCU